GAAACGGGCUCAGGGAAGACCACCCAGAUCCCUCAGUACCUCUACGAGGCAGGAAUUGGCCGCCAAGGCGUCAUCGCUAUCACCCUGGGGGCCAGCCAUAUCCUUAGCUACCAGAGUCUCGGAUGAGAAGAAGACACAGCUGGGAAGUCUGGUUGGCUAUACUGUGCGCUUUGAUGACUGUACAUCUGAUGAAACUAGAAUCAAGUUCUUAACAGAUGGGAUGCUGCUUCGCGAAGCUAUUGCAGACCCUAUGCUGCGGAAAUACACCAUUGUCAUCCUGGAUGAAGCUCACGAGAGGACAAUCCAUACUGAUGUACUCUUUGGAGUGGUGAAAGCUGCACAAAAGAAACGGAAGGAACUGGGCAAAAUGCCACUAAAAGUGAUCGUCAUGUCAGCGACGAUGGAUGUUGAUCAGUUCUCCCAGUACUUCAAUGGAGCUCCUGUUCUCUAUUUAGAAGGCAGGCAGCAUCCCAUUCAGAUCUUUUACACCAAACAGCCUCAGAGUGAUUACCUCCACGCAGCACUGGUGUCAAUCUUUCAAAUCCACCAGGAAGCACCUUUUUCUCAGGAUAUCUUGGUGUUUCUGACCGGUCAGGAAGAAAUUGAAGCAAUGACCAAAACCUGUCGAGAUGUUGCCAAUCAUCUCCCUGAUUGCUGCCCACAGAUGGUGGUUGUGCCUCUUUAUGCUUCUCUGCCCUACUUUCAACAGCUCCGUGUCUUUAAGGCUGCCCCCAAGGGCUGUCGCAAAGUGAUCCUCUCCACCAACAUUGCAGAAACUUCCAUCACCAUUCCGAGAAUAAAAUACGUUGUGGACACAGGCAUGGUCAAAGCAAAGAAGUACAGCCCUGAAAUUGGUCUGGAAGUGUUGGCAGUCCAGCGGGUAUCGAAGGCCCAGGCUUGGCAACGAACAGGGAGAGCAGGGCGAGAGGACAGUGGAAUCUGUUACCGGCUCUACACAGAAAAUGAGUUUGAGAAGUUUGACAAAAUGACGAUACCCGAGAUACAGAGGUGUAACCUGGCCAGUGUGAUGCUUCAGCUCCUGGCCCUGAGAGUUCCCAACGUGCUUACCUUUGACUUCAUGUCCAAACCAUCUCCUGAUGCUAUUCAAGCAGCAAUUGAACAGCUGGACCUGCUGGGAGCCGUGGAACGAAAGGAAGAUCAACCUGUCCUAACCCCCCUGGGAAGGAGGAUGGCAGCCUUUCCACUGGAACCGAAGUUCUCUAAAGCCAUCCUCCUCUCCCCUAAGUUCCAUUGUACAGAAGAGAUCCUGACCAUCGUGUCACUGUUGUCAGUGGACAGUGUCCUCUACAAUCCUCCUGCCCGGCGGGAUGAAGUGCAGUCUGUCAGGAAGAAAUUCAUCUCCAGUGAGGGGGAUCAUCUUACCCUGCUCAGCGUGUACAAGGCCUUCAGAAAUGUCAAUGGCAACAAGGUAGGAUGCCAGUGCUGUCUGAGCUCAUGGUUUUGGCAUACAGCGGGGUGA